UAUGAAAUACAACAGUUAAACUAAUCCUCCUUCAAAUUUCCAACACUUUAUGGGAGUUGCUCCAAAUUAGUUCAACUCUAAUGUCAAAGGUUAGGUAAUAUAUUCUUUAUUUAUUUGUUAUAGACAUUGAAUUUAUAAUAACAGAAUCAACAUGAUUAAUCUAGGGUCUCAUAAGUACAAGUUUCCAAGAUUGAAGAGAUCAAUUACUAACAAUACCAUGAAGUUAAUCAUACUAAUAAUGAUAUCCAUUAACACUCUUCUAAAGGCUAGCAUUAUCAUCCUCUAACUAUGCCAUGUAAUUGGGAUUUGGCUAGAAAGCAUGCUUAAUCAAGAAGAACAGCCUUAGAAAAAAAGAAAGACAUUAAUAAAACAACAAAUGGUAUAUUAAUGAUUAAAAUUAAUCAGUUGAAACAUGUCCUUGUUGUGGUUUUGAAGUAGAGAGAGAUGAAAUCCCAUAUUGUUCAAAUCCUAUGGCAUUGUCAUUUCUAGGUUCUGGAUUUACAUUAUUUUACAAUUAUCUCAAAUAUUGCAUAAUAAUCUUAUUCAUAACUUUGAUAACAAAACAGAUUUAUAAUCUUUAUACAAGUUAUGAAGGAUCAUAUUGUAGUCAUGUUAAAAGAGAAAAAAUAGAAGGACACUUUGUAGAAUUACCAAAUUGUUCAGAUUCAUUGUUUUUAAAAUUAUCUUUAGCAAAUAAAUUAGAGUAAAUUUAUAUUUUAAUAACUAGUAAUCGUUAAGCUUUAGAGUAUGUACAAAUCUUAAAUUUUAUCAAUUUAUUUAUUGUUAUGAUUGUCCUUAUUUAUUUUAGAAAAAGCUAGAGAUAGAUAGAUACAACUAUAGAUGAAGAACUAUUGACACCUGCUGAUUAUACAGUUUGUGUCAAAAAUAUUCCUUUAGGAUUAGGAUUAGAUUAUAAAUGGGAAUUGAAACAUAUGUUUGAGACUUGUGCAGUUAUAUCAGAUACAAAACCUAUAGUAGUAAAAAAAGUUGUUUUGGUUUAUGAUAUCGAAGAAAUUAUUGAAAUGGAAAAGCAACUUGAUGAAUUAGUGGAUAGAAAGAAAGAUAUUAUAAAAGAAUAUAAUUAUAAUUUUAAUCAUCCAAAGGUUUUGGAGAUGGAUUAGAAAAUAAAAGAGUUGGAGCAUAAAAUACAUUUGACAGAGAAAGAGUAUGAGAGAGAAAAUAAAAAAUUUGCUGGUAUAGCAUUCAUAUCAUUUGAUGAUGAAAAUAUGAAAAAUUUGGUGUUACAAGAAAAUCAACAUACAUAAUUUGAAAGAAUGAAGUCAUAUUGGAAUAAAGGUAAAUUGGAAGGAUUGUCUGAAAAUGAUUUAUCUUGGCAUGAUCAAAAAUUAUUUAUAGAAUAAGCUCCAGAACCUAAUGAAGUUGAUUGGGAAUUCAUUCAUGUUAAGACUGAAGAAAAGAUUAGCAAGAGAGUUAAGGCUUGGAUAAUUUAUUUAUUAGUUGAAAGUGCAGCAUUCUAUUCAAUAUAUCUAAUAGCACAUAAAGUGGCUAAAUAUGGAGAUGAGGCAAGAGAAGAAGAAAUAUAAGGAAAAUUAGAUCAUGACACAAUGUUGAAAAUAAACAUACUAUCUUUUAUUAUAUCCUUGAGCAUUGUUUUAUUUAAUAAAUUUGCAGUUGCUAAAAUAGUCCAUUAUAUUGUAGAUGAUGAAAAGAUUUCAAGCAAAACUAAAUUUCAAAUAUCAUUUGUAUACAAAUAUGCAUUAGCAUUAUUUUUGAAUGCAGCCAUAAUUAGUUUCUUAGUAGAUAUUGUAAUUUUAAAGAAUGUUGAAGGAGCAGGAGGGUUCUUAUAAAAUGAAAGUUAGAUUUUUAUUCUGAAUGCUGUAUUGCCUCCAUUUAUAUGGUGUGUAGAUCCAUGGAGUUUAUGUAAAAAUAUUUGGAGAUGGUAUAUUGUAAGAAAGGGAGAUAAAGCCUUAUUAACUCAAUAAGAAGCAAAUAAAUUAAUGGAAGAACCAGAUUAUUUAUCAGCCAAAAGGUACUCAGAUAUUAUGAAAACAAUGUGGUUUACUUUCCUAUAUGGUACUGCAAUUCCUUUGGGUACAGUUUGUAGUGCUUUCGGUAUUCUGAUUUACUAUUAUGUUGACUAUUAUAACAUUUUAAGAAGGAGAACAGUGAAGGAGUCAAUUAGCAUAUAAUUAUCAACAGGUAAGUAUAAUUUUAAGUUUAUUAGAGAUGAUAGAGAUGUUGGAAUAUCUAAUAGUGUGGAGUGCAUUUGGAGAAAUGAUCAUGACUUAUGCAUUUUUCAAAGAGAUAAGUUAGAUUGAUGUUUUAUUGAUGGUGAUUGCUAUAAUCUAUGCUUCUUUACCAAUGGAAGACAUCUCAGAAUAUUUGUUCCCGGUAGUCAAUAAUGAAGAAGUAUAAAAUUAUUUCUCAUUUAAUUUAUAGAUUAAAUCAUAUGAUGAAGGAAGUUUGGGAUUUGAUACAGAUUAUGAUAGAGAAAAUCCAGUUACUAGACAUAAGGCUAUCGAAUAAUGGAAUGAAAAAUAAAAAAUGUUAAUCGAUUCAAACCACAAAAUUCAAAAAUACUAUCAAUAAUAAGAUCAAUUUGGAUAUAACAAUGAUGACCAUUAUGGAAGAAGAUGA